CCCACCUCACUUUCCCCGCCUUCCUUGCAGAGGCCAUGGAGGACGAGGAGAGGCAGAAGAAGCUGGAGGCCGGCAAAGCGAAGCUUGCCCAGUUUAGACAAAGGAAAGCUCAAUCUGAUGGGCAGAAUCCUUCCAAAAAGCAGAAAAGAAGGAGAAAAAUCUCAAGCACUAAACAUGACGAGUCAGCAUACCAUCACUUGAGUGAUCAAUCACGGUGUGAUGAGAUGUACAUAAGUAGUUCUCAGACAGCUGUGACUCCUGAAUCUUCAAUAAUGAAAACUCUGCGUAGUGGAGAAAUAGUCACACAUGACUCGGUCUUCUCUGUUGAACCUGAAAGUGAAAUUUCAAACACAGCAGAUGAUUACAGUUCAGAGGUAAAUGGUUGCAGUUUUGUGGUCAGAACAGGAAAGACUUCAAAUUUAUUAAGGGAAGAAGAAUUUGGGGUCGAUGAUUUGUAUUCUGAACAAGGAGCACAGUACAGUCAGACCCACCUAGAGAUGAUGGAAAAUGAACUGGCUGGGAAACAGCAUGAGAUUGAAGAACUAAACAGAGAACUGGAAGAAAUGAGGGCUGCUUAUGGGACUGAAGGACUACAGCAGUUACAAGAAUUUGAAGCUGCCAUUAAACAAAGAGAUGGCAUUAUAACCCAGCUGACUGCUAAUUUACAACAAGCAAGACGAGAAAAGGAUGAGACAAUGAGAGAAUUUUUAGAGUUAACAGAACAAAGUCAAAAAUUACAGAUUCAAUUUCAGCACUUACAGGUUAGUGAAACUCUGAGAAACAGCACUCACAGUAGCACAGCUGCAGAUUUACUACAAGCCAAACAACAGAUCCUCACUCAUCAACAACAGCUGGAAGAACAAGACCAUCUAUUAGAAGAUUAUCAAAAAAAGAAAGAAGACUUCAAAAUGCAAAUUAGUUUCUUGCAAGAGAAAAUUAAAGUAUAUGAAAUGGAACAAGAUAAAAAAGUAGAAAACUCAAAUAAAGAAGAAAUACAGGCAAAGGAGACAAUUAUUGAAGAAUUAAAUGCAAAAAUAAUAGAAGAAGAAAAAACAACUCUUGAGCUAAAGGAUAAAGUAACAGCUGCUGAUAAACUACUAGGAGAAUUACAAGAACAGGUUGUACUAAAGAAUCAAGAGAUAAAACAUAUGAAAUUAGAACUGACUAAUUCUAAGCAAAAAGAAAGACAGUCUUCUGAGGAAAUAAAACAAUUAAUGGGGACAGUUGAAGAACUUCAGAAGAGAAAUCAUAAAGAUAACCAAUUUGAAACUGAUAUAGUACAAAGAAUGGAGCAGGAAACACAAAGAAAGUUAGAACAACUCCGGGCAGAGCUGGAUGAGAUGUAUGGGCAGCAGAUAGUACAGAUGAAACAAGAAUUAAUAAAACAACACAUGUCACAGAUAGAGGAACUGAAAACACAAUAUAAAGUAGAAAUGGAGAAUGCUUUAAGGUCAUAUCCAAAUAUUGCAGUUAAUGAAGAUCAGAUAAAGUUAAUGAAUGUGGCAAUCAAUGACCUUAAUAUAAAAUUACAAGAUACUAAUUCUCAAAAGGAAAAACUCAUGGAAGAACUGGGAGUAAUUUCAGGAGAAAAGUCAGUUCUACAGAGACAGCUUGAAGACCUGUUUGAAGAAUUGACCUUUUCAAGGGACCAGAUUCAGAGAGCUAGACAGACAAUAGCAGAACAAGAAAAUAAACUGAAUGAAGCACACAAGUCCCUUACUACUGUGGAAGAUUUGAAAGCUGAGAUUGUUUCUGCAUCUGAAUCUAGGAUGGAACUAGAAUUAAAACAUGAAGCAGAAGUUACAAAUUACAAGAUAAAACUUGAAAUGUUAGAAAAAGAAAAGAAUGCUGUGUUAGACAGAAUGGCAGAAUCACAAGAAGCUGAAUUAGAGAGGCUGAGAACACAGCUUCUAUUUAGUCAUGAAGAAGAACUUUCCAAAAUGAAAGAAGAUUUAGAAAUUCAACACCGAAUAAAUAUUGAAAAACUUAAAGAUAACUUAGGCAUUCACUAUAAACAGCAGAUAGAUGGCUUACAGAACGAAAUGAGUCAAAAGAUAGAAACCAUGCAGUUUGAAAAAGACAAUUUGAUAACUAAGCAGAAUCAGUUGAUUUUGGAAAUUUCAAAGCUAAAAGAUUUACAGCAGUCCCUUGUGAAUUCAAAGUCAGAAGAAAUGACUCUUCAAAUCAAUGAACUUCAAAAAGAAAUUGAAAUACUCAGACAAGAAGAAAAGGAAAAAGGUACACUUGAACAAGAAGUUCAAGAAUUACAACUGAAAACAGAAUUAUUGGAGAAACAAAUGAAGGAAAGAGAAGAUGAUCUUCAAGAGAAAUUUGCACACCUUGAAGCAGAGAAUAGCAUUCUUAAAGAUGAAAAGAAAGCCCUUGAAGACAUGUUGAAAAUAUGUACUCCUGUUAACCAAGAAGAAAGAUUGGUUUACUCCAUUAAGUCCAAAUCCAAAGACUGUAGCUGGCAAAAAGAAAUAGAAAUACUUAUGGAGGAAAAUGAGGACCUCAAACAACAAUGUAUUCAGUUAAAUGAAGAGAUUGAAAAGCAAAGGAACACUUUUUCAUUUGCUGAAAAAAACUUUGAAGUUAACUAUCAAGAGUUACAAGAGGAGUAUGCUUGCCUUCUCAAGGUAAAAGAUGAUUUAGAAGACAGUAAAAAUAAGCAAGAGUUAGAGUAUAAAAAUAAGCUUAAAGCACUUAAUGCAGAGCUUCAUUUGCAAAGACUUAAUCUAACCUCAGUGAAAAUGAAAAGUUUCGUCUUUGACGAUGACAAAACUUUUCUAGGAGAACCACUGGAAAUUGGUGAGGUUGUUGAGAAAGAUACAACAGAACUCAUGGAGAAACUUGAGGUAACCAAGCGAGAAAAACUAGAGCUGUCAAAAAGACUGUCUGAUCUUUCUGAACAAUUAAAGCAGAAACAUAGUGAGAUUAGUGUUCUAAGUGAAGAAGUUAAAUCUUUAAAGCAAGAGAAAGAACAAGUUUUAUUGAGAUGCAGAGAACUAGAAAUCAUUAUUAACCAUAAUAAGAUAGAAAAUGUAAGUGUGUGUGAUGUCCAGUUAAGCUCCUUAAUAGAUGGAGCUUUGACUAUGACAAACAAGGAUUCUGGAGUAUCAGAUUCUAAAAUAAAUAAAGGUGUUGCUGAAGAGUCAAAAAUAAUGGCGGAAGAUAAAAUUCCUUUUGAAAAUAUGACUGUUAGAAAAGAAAGCAAGCAAGAACAGAUUUUUUUGGAUCACUUGCCAUCAGUAACAAAUGAUUCAUCACUUGGAGCACCUGAACCAAGUGAAAAUGAUAAACUUCAGAAGGAACUCACUGUACUUAAAUCAGAACAGAAUGAUUUAAGGCUACAGAUGGAAGCCCAACGAAUAUGCCUGUCUCUGGUUUAUUCAACUCAUGUGGAUCAGGUUCGUGAAUAUAUGGAAAAUGAAAAAGAUAAAGCUCUUUGCAGUCUUAAACAGGAGCUUAUUUCUGCUCAAGAGGAAAAGAUCAAGGAACUUCAGAAAAUGCACCAGUUAGAGCUACAAAAUAGAAAAACACAAGAAACAGGCAAUGAAGCAAAGCCUUUACAGAUACUCAUUGGAAAACUUCGAAAAGCAGUGUCUGAAGAAUGUUCUUAUUUUUCACAGACUUUGUGCAAUGUCUUUGGUGAAUAUUAUACUCCUGCUUUAAAAUAUGAAGUAAAUGUAGAAGACAGAGGGAAUUCUGGUGUAUAUGCCUCUGAAAAUCAAGAACCAGAAUUACAAGAUUAUAAAUAUGAAGUUCAAGACGUUCAAGAAAACAUGCAAAUGCUUCUCAACAAAGUAACAGAAGAAUACAACAAACUCUUGUUACUUCAGACACGAUUAAGAAAGAUUCAAGGAUGUCAAACAGAUGGUAUGAAACUUGAAUUUGCAGAAGAAAACCUUCCAAAAGAAAAAACAGAGUUUUUACCAACCCAUUCUCAGCUGACCAAUUUGCAAGAAAUUGAUGUCAAUCAUAAAAGCAAGUUGUCUUCUCUGCAAGAUACUGGAAAAACUAAACACCUUGAAGAACAAAUUCAAGAAUUAGAAAACUUAAUAUCCUCUUUGCAGCAACAAUUGAAAGAAACUGAAAGAAACUAUAAGGCAGAGAUUCACUGCUUGCAGGAGAGGCUUCAAGCUGUUACUGAGUGCACAGUUCAGCCAAGCUUCUCCACUGAUUCAGUGGUAAUUACAGAAUCAGAUGUACAGAGAGCAGUAUACUCUGGAAGUUGUGUAAAAGAGAAUAUCGGUACAAUGGAGUUUUCUGGUGAAUUUGGAGUGACGUGGGAAACAAAUAUGGUUAAGUUGCUGGAAAAACAGUACAAAGAACGAUUAGAAGAAGAAGUAGCUAAGGUCAUUGUGUCAAUGAGUAUAGCAUUUGCUCAACAAACUGAACUAUCUAGAAUUAGAGUGUCUGAGGGAAAAGAAAAUAUUAUAUCAUCAAAGCAAGUACAGUCUCUCUGUCAGCAAAAAGAACAACAUUAUCUUAAUGAAAUGAGAUUAUCACAGAGUCAAGUUGGUUUUCAGAAUUUUGAGGCAACGGACGUGAAAUUUAAAGAAGAAUUCAAACCACUUAGUAAAGAGUUAGGAGAAGAUGUAAAGGAAGUUCUAUUUUCAAAAAAUGGUGGUCUUGAUGAUAUACUGGAAUCAAAGGACCAUGAACUGACAAUUUCAGAAGAAAUGUUCUCCAAAGAUAAAACAAUUAGAGGCAGAGAAUCUAUCCAUGAUGAAAUUUUGGCAUCAAGCGUGGAUGCUUCUAGACAGCUAAUGUUAAAUGAAGAACAAUUGGAAGAUAUGAGGCAGGAGCUUGUACGACAGUACCAAGAACAUCAGCAGGCAACAGAACUGCUAAGACAGGCACACAUGCGCCAGAUGGAGAGACAGCGAGAAGACCAGGAGCAACUGCAAGAAGAGAUUAAGAGACUUAAUAGACAAUUAGCCCAGAGAUCCUCCAUAGAUAAUGAAAACCUGAUUUCAGAGAGAGAGAGGGUGCUUUUAGAGGAGCUGGCAGCACUAAAGCAGCUAUCUUUAGCUGGAAGAGAGAAGCUGUGUUGUGAGCUGCGCAACAGCAGUACGCAAACACAGAAUGGAAAUGAAAACCAAGCGGAAGUUGAGGAACAGAUGUUUAAAGAAAAGGAAUUGGACAAAAAACCUGAAGAUGUACCUCCUGAUAUUCCGUCUAAUGAAAGGUAUGCACUCCAGAAAGCUAAUAACAGACUUCUGAAGAUCCUCUUAGAAGUUGUGAAGACAACAGCAGCUGUUGAAGAAACAAUUGGCCGCCAUGUCCUUGGCAUUCUAGAUAGAUCUAGUAAAGGCCAGUCACCUGCCAGCCUGAUUUGGAGGUCGGAAGCAGAGGCAUCUUCAAACUUAUGUGUCCAUGAGGAGCACACAGGAGUUACAGAUGAAUCCAUCCCCUCUUAUUCUGCAAGCGAAAUACCAAGAAAUGACAGUAGCAUGUGGUCAAAAGUAACUGAGGAAGGAACAGAGCUGUCACAGCAGCUUGUGAGGAGUGGUUUUGCUGGAACUGAAGUAGACCCUGAAAAUGAAGAAUUUAUGUUGAACAUUAGCUCUCGACUACAAGCAGCAGUUGAAAAACUUCUAGAAGCUAUAAGUGAAACGAGUAGUCAGCUUGAACAUGCAAAAAUUACACAGACAGAGUUGAUGCGUGAGUCAUUUAGACAGAAACAAGAAGCCACAGAGUGCCUUAAGUGUCAGGAAGAACUGCGAGAGCGUCUUCAUGAAGAAUCCAGGGCCAGAGAACAGCUGGCUGUGGAGCUCAGUAAGGCUGAGGGUGUUAUUGAUGGCUAUGCAGAUGAAAAGUCUCUUUUUGAAAGGCAAAUUCAGGAAAAAACUGAUGUAAUAGAUCGUCUUGAGCAAGAGUUGUUAUGUACAAGUAAUAGAUUGCAAGAAUUGGAAGCAGAACAGCAGCAACUUCAAGAAGAAAGAGAAUUACUGUCCAGACAAAAGGAAGCUAUGAAAGCAGAGGCUGGCCCAGCUGAACAACAAUUACUAGAGGAGACAGAAAAACUCAUGAAAGAAAAACUAGAAGUACAGUGUCAAGCCGAGAAAGUGCGUGAUGACCUUCAAAAACAAGUGAAAGCUCUAGAAAUAGACAUCGAGGAGCAAGUCAGUAGGUUUAUAGAGCUGGAACAGGAAAAAAAUGCUGAACUAAUGGAUUUAAGACAGCAAAACCAAGCACUGGAAAAGCAGUUAGAAAAAAUGAGAAAAUUUUUAGAUGAGCAAGCCAUUGAUAGAGAACAUGAGAGAGAUGUAUUCCAACAGGAAAUACAGAAACUAGAACAGCAACUUAAGGUUGUACCUCGAUUCCAGCCUAUCAGUGAACAUCAAACUAGAGAGGUUGAACAGUUAACAAAUCAUCUGAAAGAAAAAACAGACAAAUGCAGUGAACUUUUGCUUUCUAAAGAGCAGCUUCAAAGGGAUAUACAAGAGCGAAAUGAAGAAAUUGAGAAACUGGAGUUCAGAGUCAGGGAACUGGAGCAAGCCUUACUCAUUACAGACACUUUUCAAAAGGUAGAUGACCGAAAACAGUUUGGAGCUGUAGAAGCUAAAGCAGAGUUGUCCCUAGAAGUACAGUUGCAAGCUGAGCGAGAUGCCAUAGACAGGAAGGAAAAAGAGAUCACAAACUUAGAAGAACAAUUAGAACAGUUUAGAGAAGAACUGGAAAAUAAGAAUGAAGAGGUUCAGCAACUACAUAUGCAAUUAGAAAUACAGAAAAAGGAAUCUACUACCCGCCUACAAGAACUCGAACAAGAAAACAAGUUAUUUAAGGAUGAAAUGGAGAAACUAGGAUUUGUCAUAAAGGCAUCUGAUGCUGUGUCUACUCAGGACCAACAUGUGCUGUUUGGGAAAUUUGCUCAAAAAAUACAGGAAAAAGAAGUAGAAAUUGACCAAUUAAAUGAACAAAUUGCAAAACUUCAACAGCAACUUGAAAUUACAGCAGAUAACAAGAUUAUUGAAGAGAAAAAUAAAUUGAUAAGGGAUCUUGAAAGCCAAAUAGAAUGUUUGAUGAGUGAUCAAGAAUGUAUAAAGAAAACUAGAGAAGAAGAGAUAGAGCAGCUUAAUGAAGUGAUUGAAAAACUUCAACAAGAAUUGGCAAAAAUUGAACAGAAGACAUUAGAUGCUAAUUCACUCCCAGAAGAAUCAGUCAGUUUAAAACAUCAGUUGGAUAUGGUUAUAGCUGAAAAAUUGGCUUUGGCACAGCAAGUAGAAGCCACUAAUAAAGAAAUGACCUUCACAAAAAAUGUACUUAAAGAAACCAAUUUUAAAGUAAGUCAGCUAACACAAGAAUUACGCAGCUUAAAGAUAGAACGUGAAAACAUGGGAAAAAUCCAAAGUGUACCAGAGAAAAGUGUUAACAUGACUGCAGAUGAUCUAAGUGAAGACAAACUUGAACUGGAAGUAGUCCUUCCUGAGGAUGCUUUUAAACCUAUAGAAAGUCAGAUUUUCCUCAAACCUUUUGAAGAAAACAGCAAAGUUUCCAUAAGUAGUUUAGAAACAAAGUUGCUACAACUGGAAAGCACUGUUAGUACAAAGGAUUUAGAACUUACCCGGUGUUAUAAACAAAUAAAACACAUACAGGAACAAGGCCAAUCUGAAACAGAAAUGCUUCAAAAGAAGAUUGUAAACCUACAGAAAAUUCUUGAGGAAAAAGUAGCUGCUGCUCUUGUGUGCCAGGUCCAACUUGAAGCAGUUCAGGAAUAUGCAAAGUUCUGUCAAGAUAAACAAACAAUUUCGUCAGAACCUGAAAGAACAAAUAUACAUAAUUUAACUCAACUAACAGAAAAUGAGAUGGAGCCAAAUGUAUCAGCUUUAACCUUGAGAAUAUCAGAAUUAGAAAGUCAGGUGGUCAAAAUGCAUGCUCGUUUGAUUUUAGAAAAAGAACAAGUAGAAAUUGCAGUAAAAAAUGAUUUGGAAAAAGAAAAGAAACUCCUUGAACUACAGAAGCUAUUGGAGGACAGUGAGAAAGAACAAGAAGGGAAAGAAAGGAAAAGAAGCCCUCAAGGAGAUUUUGAAGGUUUCAAGAUAACUACUGAGCUAAUUACUACCAGUGAAGAGAGUGGACUUUUUGGUGAACUUGAGGCUCUUAGAACUGAGUCAUUGCCGACCAAAGAAGAACUUACCAAUUAUAAAGAAAAGGCAGAAAAACUUGAAAAAGAGCUUUUGGUAAAAGAAGCAAAUGUGGCAUCUCUUCAGAAAGAUUUAAGCCAAGUUAAGGAUCAACUCAUAGAGGCAGAAGAGAAAUUAUCCCACUUAGAGAAAGAAGAUAAGAUUGAACUACAAGAAAACAGAAAGUUUUGCAUGUUAGAGCAACUUCCUGUGAAAGUAGGAACAAGCUCUGCAUCCCAGACAAACAGGACUGUCAAGGUCAAUAACAGCAAUCAGACUCCACAUAUUCUUGUUAAAAAUGCUGGAAUCCAAAUUGAUUUACAGAGUGACUGUUCCUCAGAAGAAAUCACUAAAAUAAUCAGUCAGUUUACUGAAAAAAUUGAGCAGAUGCAAGAACUACAUGCUGCUGAAAUUUUGGAUAUGGAAUCCAGACAUAUUUCAGAAACUGAAACCUUAAGGAGGAGACAUUAUAAUGGUGUUCAGUUACUGACAGAGGAAUGUGGGACCUUGAAGGCAGUGAUACAGUGUCUAAGAACUAAAGAGGGAUCCUCAAUUCCUGAAUUAACACAUUCUGAUGCUUACAAAACUAGAGAAAUAUAUUCCAGUGAUUCUGGAUCAGACUGGGGUCAGGGAAUUUAUCUUACACACAGUCAGGGAUUUGACACAGCGUCAGAAGGCCAAGAAGAAGAAGGUGAAAGUCCAGCAGAUUCUUUUCCAAAGAAAAUAAAGGGAUUACUGAGAGCUGUCCACAAUGAGGGUAUUCAGGUACUUUCUCUUACGGAGUCUCCUUAUAAUGAUGGAGAGGACCAUUCUCUUCAGCAGAUGUCAGAAUCUUGGCUGGAAGAAAGAAGAGCAUACCUGAAUACAAUCUUAUCUCUUAAGGAUUUAAUUACCAAAAUGCAAGUGCACAGAGAAGCCAAGGUUUAUGAUAGUUCUCAAUCUCAUGAGAGCUGCUCAGACUGGCGAGGUGAACUGCUGCUUGCCCUUCAACAAGUUUUCUUAAAAGAGCGUACUGUUUUACUAGCUGCAUUUCAGACUGAGCUGACAGCUCUAGGUACUAGAGAUGCAGUUGGAUUAUUAAACUGUUUGGAACAGAGAUUACAAGAACAGAGUGUUGAAUAUCAAGAAGCUAUGGAAUGCUUCCAGAAAGCAGAUAGAAGGAGCUUGUUAUCUGAAAUUCAAACACUACAUGCACAAAUGAAUGGUAGGAAAAUGACUCUGAAAAGAGAACAAGAGAAUGAUAAACCAAGCCAAGAAAUCUUGGAAUAUAAUAUACAGCAGAAGCAGUCUCAGCUGCUGGAGAUGCAAGUGGAGCUCAACAGUGUGAAAGACAGAGCAACAGAACUGCAGGAACAACUGAGUUCUGAGAAAAUGGUGGUUGCUGAACUGAAGAGUGAGCUCGCACAAACUAAAUUGGAACUAGAAACAACACUCAAGGCACAGCAUAAGCGCCUAAAGGAAUUAGAGGCAUUCAGAUUGGAAGUUAAAGAUAAGACAGAUGAAGUGCAUUUGCUUAAUGAUACACUAGCAAGUGAACAGAAAAAAUCAAGAGAGCUCCAGUGGGCUUUGGAGAAAGAGAAAGCAAAAUUGGGAUGCAAUGAAGAACGCGAUAAAGAAGAAUUAGAGGAUCUGAAAUUUUCACUAGAGGGUCAGAAACAAAGGAAUACUCAGCUAAAUCUACUUUUGGAACAACAGAAACAACUACUAAACGAAUCACAGCAAAAAAUAGAAUCACAAAGAAUGCUAUAUGAUGCCCAGUUGUCAGAAGAACAAGGUCGGAACUUGGAGCUUCAAGUACUUCUUGAAUCUGAGAAAGUUCGAUUUCGGGAAAUGAGUAGUACCUUAGACAGGGAGCGGAAAUUACAUGCGCAGCUGCACAACAGUGAUGAAAGUGGGCAGCCUCGACCAUCCCUACCCUCUGAGGAUCUUCUUAAAGAGCUACAGAAACAGCUGGAGGAGAAACGCAGUCACAUAGUAGAGUUGUUAAAUGAGACUGAGAAAUAUAAACUGGAUUCUUUGCAAACAAGACAACAAAUGGAAAAAGAUAGGCAAGUUCAUAGAAAGACAUUACAGACAGAACAAGAAGCCAACACUGAGGGACAGAAAAAAAUGCACGAGCUCCAGUCCAAAGUAGAAGAUCUUCAGCGCCAGCUGGAAGAGAAAAGGCAACAAGUUUAUAAGUUAGACCUUGAAGGAAAACGACUGCAAGGAAUUAUGCAGGAAUUCCAGAAGCAAGAACUAGAACGAGAAGAAAAACGAGAAAGUAGAAGAAUUCUGUAUGAGAAUCUUAACGAGCCAACCACAUGGAGCUUAAGCAAUGAUCGAACUAGAAAUUGGGUUCUUCAGCAGAAAAUAGAAGGAGAGACAAAGGAAUCAAACUAUCCUAAGUUGAUUGAAAUGAAUGGAGGAGGAACUGGCUGUCAUCAUAAGUUAGAAAUUAUCAGACAAACACUUCAACAUGUAGCUUCAAAACUACAGCAUCUAGCCCAGAAAGCCUCUAACAGGCUACAGUUUGAAACAGCAGAUGAUGAAGAUUUCUUUUGGGUUCAGGAAAAUAUUGAUGGAAUUAUUUUACAACUACAAAAAUUAAUUGGCCAGUCAGUUGAAGAGCCCAGCUUAGUGUACCCAGGUACUUCUUGUGGUUCAUUGACAGAAAGACUACUGAGACAAAAUGCUGAGCUUACAGGACAUAUCAGUCAACUGACUGAAGAAAAGAAUGAUUUAAGGAACAUGGUUGUGAAGCUAGAAGAGCAGAUCAAGUGGUAUCGACAGGCAGGACCUGGUGGAGAUUAUGCUUCUAGGUUUUCCUUCAAUAGUGGUGCCAACAUUGAAGCCAUCAUUGCUUCCGAAAAAGAAGUAUGGAACAGAGAAAGGUUGACUCUCCAGAAAUCCUUGAAAAGGGCAGAGGCUGAAGUGUACAAACUGAAAACUGAACUAAGAAAUGACUCUCUUCUUCAAAAUCUGAGCCCUGAUUCUGAACAUGUCACAUUAAAGAGAAUUUAUGGUAAAUACCUGAGGGCAGAAAGUUUUCGAAAAGCUCUCAUUUAUCAGAAAAAAUACCUGCUGCUGUUACUGGGUGGAUUCCAGGAAUGUGAAGAUGCCACCCUGGCCCUGCUUGCCCGGAUGGGAGGACAGCCAGCCUUCACCGAUCUAGAGAUGAUCACCAACCGUCCAAAGGGCUUCACCAGGUUUCGGUCAGCUGUCAGAGUAUUGGUUGCAAUUUCAAGAAUGAAAUUUUUGGUUCGACGGUGGCAUCGAGUCACAAGUUCUGGUUCCAUCAAUAUUAACAGGGAUGGCUUUGGAUUGAAUCAAGGUGCUAAAAAGACUGACUCGUUUUAUCAUUCUUCUGGUGGACUAGAGCUAUAUGGAGAACCGAGACAUACCACAUAUCGUUCAAGAUCAGAUCUGGACUAUCCAAGGUCUCCUCUACCAUUUCAAAAUAGGUACCUAGGCACUCCAGCUGACUUAAAUCCUGCUUCUCUAGCGUGUUCUCAGCUUCAGAAUUAUGAUCCUGACAGAGCCCUGACAGAUUAUAUCACUCGGCUAGAGGCACUGCAAAGACGACUUGGAACUGUACAGUCAGGUUCAACUACUCAGUUUCAUGCUGGCAUGAGAAGAUAGUCCUUUGAAAACAUCGUUGAUUGAAGUGAUUUUAAACUAACUUCCUUUUGUAAAUCAACGGUUCUUUUGUGCUUUUGUAUUGUGAAUAUUCAAUGGGACCAAUAUGAACACAGCUUAUGAUUGUAUUCAAAUCCCUUGCCAGCACAUGACAACAAACUGGAAUUUGUACAUAUAAGCAUUGUGUGUGUAUUCAUGCACAAUAAUCAUUGAAUUACAUGUAUAUUUGUGGAAUGAUAAUUUAAAACAUUAAAUUAUAAGCCUCAUGUAUUUAUCAGUGGGUAAAAAGAUUAAACUUUUGUGCAUUAUGGUAACUGCUGAAUGUGUAGCUUGAGGUGUCUUGCUUUUCUUAUAAGGCUACUGAAGUUACAUGUUUCUGCCUAAUAUAUUUGCUACUGGUGAUGAAGACAGAUAUCACUUGUAGAGACCUAUUUUUGUAUAAUGGUAGAAGUUUUGAAUUUUAUGAGGUAUUUUGUCAGGUACUGAAAUAAAAAUGGCUUCACCAUUUUCACCACA